UAUAAGUCAAUCUGAAGUUAGUGUGUGAAAUUGGAGUGACCCAAACGGCGAUGGCGGAAGAAGAAGAAAACAACGCCGAUGUCAUCGAUAGGAUGAGUAGUUUACCAGACUCACUCCUAUGCCACAUCCUAUCAUUCCUUCCUACCAAAACCUCCGUCAUGACGACCAGUCUCGUUUCCCGCCGUUGGCGCCACCUUUGGGAGCAUCUAAACGUCUUCGUCUUCGAUGACAAGUCCAACUGUAACUGCAGGAAUCCCAAAAAGUUCAGAAAGUUUGCAUUUUUUGUGAGCUCUGUGCUAUCCCUCCGUAAAUCUCGCCACAUUCGAAAAUUUCAUCUCACCUGCUGCACCUCCGAUGUUUACAGUUUUCCCGGAGAAUGUGUCUACAUGUGGGUCCGUGCUGCCAUUGGUCCCCACCUUGAAGAUCUGUCUCUCAACAUUACCAACUGCCAUGGGGAUGAUAUGGUUUAUCUCCCUCCUUCCCUCUUGAAUUGCACCAAUCUCGUUUCCCUCAGUCUUUUUGGUUUGAUCCAUUUAAAAUUUCAACCUUCUGCGAUUCAUUUUCCAUCAUUAAAGAUGUUGAAAGUCGAAUUCAGCAUAUUGGAACACAACAUUGACAUUGAGGAUUUCGGCAAACACCUUACGGAUUCAAUACUUGUCUUUCUCUCUGGCUGCCCCGUACUCGAAACUCUAGAUACCUACUUUUCUCCCUAUUUCUUGACCAGAGUUCCCGUUCCACCUUCUGCCAAGAGGUUGAAAUUAACUGAUGUGAAAUUCUCAUGGACGUGCCUUGAAAUAGAUUCUGAUGGGCUUGGUAUAGAGUACGGUGGUUGCAACAUCAAACCCACAUUUGGCAUCAUUGGCAACUUGCAGAGCAUGGAGGAAGCAUAUCUUGAUUUUUUUUCCUUGUGUGAAAGUGAAUUUAUCGACCCUAUGCUCAAAUACCUCCGAGAUCUAGAUGGUGAUUUACAUCUACUUCUGCGUCAUUCGACAUCAAAGAAGCCGCUUCGCAGCCCCAUUCUAAAUUAUCCAGAAUUUUGCAAUUUGCACCAUCUAAAGUUCAUUAUUCCCUGCUUCAACACGAAUCUUCUGCUCAACGUGCUUGAGAAAUGCCAUAUGCUUAAAGUUCUCAUAAUUCAGAGUAGCAAGGAUGAACUGUCACCUUCAAGAACAUGGGAGCCAAAGUCAACAUCAGUUCCUAAAUGUCUUGAAUCCCACCUGACCUAUAUUCAUAUAGAAGGAUAUCAAGGAUUUGAAGAUGAGCUGGCAUUUGCUGAAUAUAUUUUGCGUAACGGAAUUGUUUUACACACAAUGCUCAUUUUUUUCGAUACUUCAAUGGACCUAUCAAACAAGAACUGUUCUAUCAAAAGCUUAACUGAUAUACCAAGGGGCUCUGUCACAUGCCAACUUAAAUUUGACUCAGCUGUGUCUUCAUAAGUGCAUGUUUGGAAUGUCGGGUUCUGAAGCUGGCAGAAAUCAUGUUUGCUCAGAUGCUUGAGGCACCAUUUGAAGAUGACAUCGAGAGCAAACAUAUAAAUUUCAUUUCAGUUAGCAUGUUUUUUUAAUUGGCUAAUAUCAGGACAUGGCUAACUGGCUUUAGAGGAAAGUCGUUGAAAAACCUUAUCACCUAAAUAUGAGAUUUGGAGUCACUUGCUGUCCGUAAUUACAACUCAGUAAUGUCACAGCUCAAUAUCAACUCUUGCUGGUAAUUGAGAUAAAUUAGUCAGUUAUAUCUGUGGCUUAUAGUAGGAUUUUUUCGGACUUUGAAAAGUUAUGGAUGCUACUAAGUAAUGGUCCUAAGAUUUUGAGUCGCAAAGAGGUUGUUGCAUAAUUUGAUCACAAGAAUUUGAUUUCCUUUACAAAGUCUCUUCAUGGUAUUGAUUGCAAUUCUUUACAUGAAUACUUAAGAUUAAUAAUGUUGAUUUUACUAUUAAUAUUUGUUUUGAGUUGAUUUCA